AUGGCGAAAGACCGGUCGGCCGCACAGCAAGGCAUCUCCUCGUUACUUUCCAAAAUCAACGACCCUGACCCGGACAUACGUUAUAUGCAACUGAGUGAUCUCAUGAACAUCCUGCUGGCACCGGCAUCCGACUACUUGCGAAAUGAUCCCCAUACUACCGCACGGAUAGUUGAUGCCCUGCUGAAAUCUUUGGCUGAUCAACAUGGUGAGGUUCAGAACCAGGCAUUGAAAUGUGUUGGACCGCUCGCCGCACGUACACCAGGCGACAUCAUUGCUCCGUUGAUUGACAAGCUGACGGAUCUUACCAAUACCGAUAUCGACAUUUCCGUCCCCACCACAGCGCUCCGGACUUUGAUUGCCGCGCUGCCUCAACCCCAACAUGCAGGCGGGGCUACUCAGGAAGUCAGAGAAGCAUAUAGUGCAGUCAGCAGAGUCUUGAUACCGAGAUUGGUAGGGCACGUCGUCUUGCCGUCAAGCAAGCCUUCACCCCAGCUCCCGACCGGGUUGCUGGACAAACAAAAAGAGAAGGGCUACAGCAGUGAUGCCGUAGACGUCAUGAUUGAGGUGGUCAGAUGUUAUGGGUCACUGUUACAAGAGCAGGAACUGGUUGCUUUGGCCAGAAGUGUCAUGAACAUAAUCGAAAGCCCUCAGGCAGGAGGUGUGGUCAAGAAGCGAGCCCUCGCCGGUGUAGGUGCACUGAUACCACAUUUCAGUGACGCCCAAAUCAGCUCCUUCGUAACUGCAAUCACGCAAAGCUUUCAAAAUCCUCAACUCACUACCGAACAUCGGAAAUUCCUGGUUGCUACAGUUGGGACACUGGCACGCUCGAGUCCUGGGAAGUUUGGUCCUUUUGUCGACACGGUCGUUCCAUUCGUUUUUCAAGUACUGAGCUCUGAUGGGCCGUCUUCCACCAUGUCAGUGUCGGAUGAAGAUGGUGAAGUGGACCCCGAAGUGGAAGAGCUCCAUGAAACAGCGCUUGUUGCCCUUGAAGCUCUGGUCGGAUCGUGUCCCACUGAGAUGGCACCCCAUCUUCCUGAAGCGGUUGAUGCGGCUUUGAGAUAUGUCAAAUAUGAUCCCAAUGUGGCAGAGUCGGAUGAUUUUGAGAUGGAAGGUGCCCAAGACACUACCUCGGAAGAUGGCAUCACGGAGGAAUCUCCGGAUGAUGACGAGGAUGAUGAAUACGCCGAACUAGAUAACGAGGAUGCAUUCAGUGAUGUCGAUGACCUCAGCUGGAAAGUCAGACGCUUUGCAGCCAAAGUGCUGUACACCAUCGUCAUGGGUGUCGCGGCAGCAGACCGAGCGAUUCUCUUUGAGAAGAUUGCUCCUGUCUUGAUAUCGCGAUUGUUCAAUGAGCGAGAAGACAGCGUGAGAUUGGAGAUUAUUGCGGCCUUGACUGCAUUAAUCCGCAAAACCGGAUCUGGCUUGACCCAGCCGCUUACACGAGUUGAAUCAGCAGAUGACAAUCCAGCUGCUCCUACCAACACCCGCAAGCGCCGACGGCAGGAUAGCGAGGCUGACCGGCAAGACCCAGAUCUCAGAGGCUUGGUUGCGACCCGUUCAAGUCCUCCCAUUAUCCCUGCAUCACCGCCGAGUGGCUCCCAAGCUGAACUCAUCAAUCUGGUGCCGAAUAUCGUCCAAGCUCUCUGCAAGCUGUGGAAGAAGGCCAGUAUGGCGCUAAAACAAGCUUCAGUGGUCAUGCUCAAGACUCUUACAUUGGCUCGCAACGGAAUACUGUCCGAUCAUUUACAACAAUUAGAAGAUCCUAUUGCGGACGCGCUGAAACCCUCUACAGCAUCCACCUCGGGGGGCACUGGAUCUGGAACGUCUGCAACAGUCGCCAGCCUUCAGAUUGAAACGCUCACUUUAAUCAGUGCCAUUGCGGAGACUAACGGUACCACGGUGUUGAUUCCUUUCGUCAUUGCUCUGAUCCCGCCAGUCAUCGCCAUCGCCCGCGACACAAACUAUAAAGUCACGAGUGAAGCACUUGCCACUAUCGAACAGUUCAUCAAGGCUCUAACUCCUCCACGCUUACCUACUGCCCACCAGGACCAUGCUAUCCACAUCGGAAAGCUGUGGGAUGUGAUCAUGGAGCGAGUCACCGACAAUAAUGCCGACCUCGAGGUCCGUCAUCGCGCCAUUCAAGUGUUUGGAGUUCUGAUUGCUCGGACUUCCAACACCCAACUUCUAUCUAGCUCUACACGAAUGAAGAGUCUGGGUAUACUUCACGACCGCUUGAAAAAUGAAACCACCCGACUUGCCAGUGCAAGAGCCAUUGGCCUUAUUGCCGAAGCCGCGGGAGUGCACGAUAACAUCGGCUCUGCGUGGAUUCAGGAUGUCACGCUUGAAAUGGCUCAUCAACUUCGCAAAGCCGAUCGGGGUCUCCGUGGGGCAUGCUUGGAGUCCUUGCAGUAUCUUGCCCUCAAUCCCGUCACGGCCUCUCAACUUGAGACAACUACGAUCUUGGAACUCCAGAGCUGGUUAAUGCCGUUGAUUUCUAUCAGCGAUCUGCAUCUAUUAACACCUGCCCUAGUCAUUCUCUCAAAAAUUAUCCCCACUAAUCCAGAGGCUCUCGUUAACGCGGAACUGGUUCACGCCCUGCAUGAAAUCACGCAUACGCGACUGGAAGGACCACCCUUACGUGCCUAUCUGCUCGUGGUAAAAGUCAUUGGCGAGAGCGGAGUAGGUGCACCUCUCAUGAAAGGGCUUUUGGCAGUCGGGGUUAAGGGCGAGACUAUGGUUCUGGGAAGAGCCAUCGGCACCUUACUUGUGUAUGGUGGGGACAAUCUCGGCGUGACGAUAACGGACUUCCUGAACGAGCUGCAAGCCUCCCAGGAUGUUCGCGCGGUUUGCCUAGCAUUGACGGUGCUGGGUGAAGUCGGGUUCAGAAUGGGUGCUAAGUCUCCGGUGAAAAUCGACACCUUCACCAAAUGUCUAUCUGCAGAAUCCGACAAAGUCCGCCUCGCUGCUGCUGUUGCACUGGGCAGUGCCAGCUCCAACAAUGUUUCCGAAUGCUUGCCAGUCAUUCUGCAGAGCCUCAACCAGUCUCCCGCCCAGGACUACCUCUACCUGCACUCCCUGAAGGAGAUUCUGGAACAUCACUCCCAGAGUUCUUAUGGAGAGGUCGCACCUUACGCAUCCGAGCUCUGGCAGAAGUUGUUCGUGGUGUCCCAGGCCGAGGACAACAGUGCUGUUGGUGCCGAAUGUAUCGGACGGCUGGCGACCAUUGAUCCAGACACCUAUGUGCCUGAGCUUGCCAAAUCCUUGGAAAACCCCAACCCCUCCAUUCGCGGAACUGUUAUUUCCGCAUUCCGGUUCACGCUGGGUGAGGCGAGCAACGCUUACAACACUAUACUUGUCAAGAUGAUGACGCCCAUGCUUCAAACAAUGCUAAAUGACCCGGACAUCGGCAACCGACGUCUCGCCGUUACUACCCUCAAUGCUGCUAUUCACAACAAACCGGAGCUCGUGAUUCCUGAUAUUAGCCAACUCUUGCCACCUGUCUUGGAAGAUUCAAGAAUCAAGCCUGAACUGGUCAAGACGAUUAAAAUCGGGCCGUUUACGCACAAUGAAGACGCAGGUCUUGACGUCCGUAAAGCCGCUUACGCGACCAUGUAUGCAUUACUUGACUGUCCCAGCGCCAUCCCGCAUCUUCCCAUCUCCAAAAUCUUUGAUCGCAUUCUGGAUGGCAUCGCGGACGAUGCGGACAUCCGCACUUUGUGUCUUCUUAUGCUCGGACGCCUGGCGGUGAUUGACCCAGACGAAACGCGCCGACGCCUGUCCAGUCUGGCCGAGAAAUUCCGGGUCGUACUUGGAGCCAAGGUUAAAGAGACAGCCGUCAAGCAGGAGAUCGAGAAGGUCAACGAGGCCAAUGCCGCGGUGAUCCGGACGACUGUGGAACUCGACCGCAAAUUCCCUGCGACCAGUACCGAUGCUAACGGCGAAAUGGUCGCCUGGAGGAGCUACGUCGAGUAUGUCAAGAAGGAGUUUGCCACAGUGGCCAGAAAUGCAAUGGCAGAAAGUGGCUAG